CCUACGGUGAGUGGAGCUCGUGGCGCCGUCUCAGUGACGUCGCGGUCAUUGACAGCGUGAGGCAGCGGCGGCUGCUGCCAUGGUGGUUGGCGGCCGGGUGCAACAUGUCUAGACUGGGGGCUCUGGGCGGCGCCCGGGCCGGGCUGGGACUGCUGCUGGGCGCCGCCGCCGGCUUUGGAUUCCUGUGCGUCCUUUACAGCCGGCGGUGGAAACGGACUCAGCGCCAUGGCCGGAGCCAGAGCCUGCCCAACGCCCUGGACUACGGACGGACUCCAGAGCCUGGACGCCAGGCGAUGCUGCUGCGGGCCAUCCCAGGGGAGGCUGGCGAUGCUGCGGUGCUGCCCGGCCCGGCGCAGGGAGGGCAGGAGAAGGUGCUGGACCGCCUGGACUUCGUGCUGAACAGUCUGGUGGCGCUGCGGCGGGAGGUGGAGGAGCUGAGGAGCAGCCUGCAGGGACUGGCGGGGGAGAUCGUUGGGGAGGUCCGAUCGCACAUGGAAGAGACUCAGAGAGUGGCUCGGCGGCGAAGGUUCCCGUUUGCCCGGGAGAGGAGUGACUCCACUGGCUCCAGCUCUGUCUACUUCACGGCCUCCUCGGGGGCCACGUACACAGAUGCAGAGAGUGAAGGCGGUUACACAACAGCCAAUGCCGAGUCUGACUACGAGCGGGACUCUGACAAGGAGAGUGAGGACGGGGAAGAUGAAGUGAGCUGUGAGACUGUGAAGAUGGGGAGGAGGGAUUCUCUGGACCUGGAAGUGGAGGCAGAGGCAGCUGUGGGUCCUGCUGGAGACGCCUCGGACCUGGAGGAUGUCCUGCCACUCCUACAGCAGGCGGACGAACUGCACCUGGGCAGUGAGCAGAGCAAGCGAGAAGGCUUCCAGCUGCUGCUCAACAACAAGCUGGUGUAUGGAAGCCGGCAGGACUUUCUCUGGCGCCUGGCACGAGCCUACAGUGACAUGUGUGAGCUCACUGAGGAGGUGAGCGAGAAGAAGUCCUAUGCCCUGAAUGGAAAAGAAGCAGCAGAGGCCGCCCUGGAGAAAGGGGAUGAGUGUGCUGUGUGUCACCAGUGGUAUGCCGUGCUUUGUGGUCAGCUGGCUGAGCAUGAGGGCAUCCAGAGGCGUAUCCAGAGUGGCUUUAGCUUCAAGGAGCACGUGGACAAAGCCAUUGCUCUCCAACCAGAAAACCCCAAGGCUCACUUUCUUCUUGGCCGGUGGUGCUACCAGGUCUCUCACCUAAGCUGGCUGGAAAAAAAAACUGCUACAGCCUUGUUUGAAAGCCCACUCAGUGCUACUGUACAGGAUGCCCUCAGUAGUUUCCUAAAGGUUGAAGAACUACAGCCAGGAUUUUCUAAAGCAGGAAGGGUGUAUAUUUCCAAGUGCUACAGAGAACUAGGGAAAAACUCUGAAGCUAGACGGUGGAUGAAAUUGGCCCUGGAGCUGCCAGAUGUCACUAAUGAGGACUCGGCUUUGCAGAAGGACCUGGAAGAAUUAGAAGUCAUCCUAGGAGAAUAAUCACAUUUCAAGGGCCUUCAUGACUUUCACAGCUUAAGGGAAAACUUUCCUUAGACCCCACUGAGAUCAUGAAACCAAGUGAGUGGUUUAAGGCAUGUCUCAAAUCCUGAGCACUACCACCUGCCCUUCCCUAAUUUGUUCUAAUCUCUUGCCUCAUCUGAAACUGGGGAAGUACCUGUGACCUGAGUUUCUGCUGUUCUCUCCCCCAAAUCAAGAUAGGUGGAGCCCUGAAGGCUGCUUGUGCUUUUCCAAAUGCGGGUGAGGUGGAUGAGCUUCAAAGAGCUAUGGGACCAAAGCACAGAACUUGUCACACGCUCAUUUUUUUCACUGAUUAAUAUUAAAUACCUACAAAUACAGUCCUAAGAUCAUACCCUAUCAGGGCAAAAGGAGGGUCAGAGCAGCCCUUGUCAUUUACCACAUGGAGUCUACCUGAACUGAGGGGCUGGACCACUUGACUUCCAAAGUCUUAGCAGAUUUUGGAGUCACCUCAGUGGCUGGCAGAGGGUUUAUAAGCGUUGCCUGGAAUAUAUUUUGGUACAAACU